AAGGUCUUUACCCAAAUAAGUGGUGCUCAGCGACCCGCGUCGAUGCUGCAUCCAAGAGAGCGUAAGGCGUUCGAUGAUGGUGUAUCGUGGACGGCCCUCCGCAGCUUGCUUCGCUUGCCGUACAAGACGCAUAAAGUGCGACACAAGAAAGCCUGGGUGUUCGCAAUGCGCGCGUAUACGAAUCAUAUGUCCCGGCUACCGCGACCCCUUGGAUGAGCUAUUCCGUGAUGAGAGUGCUGCUGUCACAAAAAGAGCACAAAAAAGCUGCAAGGCUCCUAAUAAUCCAAAGCACAACCAGACACACAUUUCGAAACCUACGCAUCCAGCGACGUGCUCUGCAGGAAGUCCCGAUAAACACGAGACGAAUCUCGGUCUUCCAAUGUCGUUCUGUGCGCCAGGACCAAGCCUAUCGCAAUCGAUCGAGAAUGUAGCUCUGGCACAUUUCAUGUCUUCCUACAUUCCAGGAAGCAAUUUCGUGUACCUCCCAGAUCUGUACAGUCUGAGCGGAGAGGGUGCGGCGCUGCCAGCAACAGUGCACGCAGUGUCGCUCGCAAGACUGGCUUGGGAGCUUGGACAGUCGAGUCUCAUGGGUCAAGCAAACCGCGCGUAUGCGAAUGCCUUGACCAAGACGAAUGUCGCACUCUCAAUUCCAGCAGUGGCGACGAGCGAUGCUGUCCUUGUAUCAGUGUUACUCUUGAGCCUUUACGAGACUAUCGUCUGGUCGGAUGCCGGCACACCAGACAACUGGAUAAAGCACACUCAAGGCGCUCUGGCACUUAUCCAACUCCGAGGAAAGAGACAGUUGAACACACUUGUAGGCCGACAACUGUUCACGCAAGUCGCAAACAUCAUCUGUGUCGACAGCUUGAGGUCCGGCACCCGGCUAUCUCCAGGUCUGCUGGAACUCCAAAACGCCGCUUUGCAGUACAAAGACGAAAGCCCACGAUUCGGGAUGAGCAGUUCGACUGGUGAGCUGGCGAAUUUGCUUGCAGACGUCACCGAAGGAUGCUUGACACCAUCCGAAGUGAUCGAAGCGACGCAACGAAUGGAAGCCAAGUACAUCGCCAUUAUCUCGAAUCUUCCGGCCUGUUGGCAAUACGAAGAAGAAGCAUUGGAAGAAGCGCAUCGGGGCGUGUACGGAAAGACGGUUCAUCACUAUGCCAGCAACCGCUCUGCUCAGUUUUGGAACUCGUACCGCAUGACGCGCAUCCUUCUCAACGGGGUGAUGCAUGGUCACUUGCGUUACCUUCGAUCUCCUAAUAGCUCUCUGUUAGCACAAGCGAAACGCAAUGCACGGCAGAUGGCCGCUGACAUCUGUGCGAGUGUACCACAGUUUACAAAUUCAGAGCACUUUUCCAUCGCGUCUGCUGCUACUUUGUUGUGGCCGUUGUCGACAGUAAGAAGCUCGGAUCUGGUGGGGCAGGACUUGCGUGAACACGCUGAGGGAAGGCUGAAGUUCUUAGGGCACGAGCUUCGCAUUCCUCAAGCAGAGAAGGUGGCGUCCUGUCGAGAGGUGGAUGCACUGCAGGAUGGACUGCACAUGUUCUACCUGUCAUGAGCAGGGACGAAAGCUUGAACUCCACGACUCAAACUGGAAAUCGACUCCGAUGAACUUCCGGUCGCAACGUUUUGUUGGCAUCAAUGUCAAGCGAUCAUGAGUGAAUUGUACCGAAGCACACGCGUUCGAGACUAUUGCGCUGUGGAGUCAUGCAGAGCCUCGAAGGAACGCCAUCAAGCAUAUAAGUGGGACUUUACCUGCUCAAACAAACGCACGCAAUCUGCCAUCAUGGUGCUUGUGAAGCGAG